UCUGCUUUAGCUCUCCAACAUCAGAAUAUGGUGCCAUUUUAUCGAAGAAUUUAAGGCUCUAAUAUAGCUUGCAUACUUCUCUGUCAUUGACACUCGCGUAGAGCCCCAUAUACAUUUAACUUUAUUGGUCAGGUUAUUUUUGUGUUAUAUAUACUCUACCUUGUGAAUGAAUGAACUGUGUGUGACACUAACUCAGUGUCAAUAUGUCUGGAUCUGUACCCUCAAAACUCAAAGCUCAAUAAGACUAAAUGCUGUCUCGUUAUUACCCCCCUCCUCUCAUAGGGGUAUUCUGGAGGGUUGGAAGGGCAGUUCUGUCUUCACGAAGGAGCAUGGUCAGUGGGCUGAGCUAGCCGGUCACGAUUACGUGAUGGACCUGAUUGCCGACCUGGAGCUGAUCAGGGACUUCCCCAAGCAAAAGUCCUAUUUCAUCAUCUCUGCAGACAGCCCCGCCCGGACCCGGCCCAACGCCAGCCUUGCCCUGUUUGGAAGUGGGUUUGACUCAGACGAGGAGAGUCCUCUUGCCAUGACUCACUAUGCAAUGCCCAGCAUCCCAGACUCAGACGGAUACUACAGUCACGUAGAGUCGGACACGUUCAGUGAGCCUCCCACCCAGAGAGGAAUGGACCGCUACCUGGACAGCCUGUUUGAUCCGGUGCUUUCUGAUGGAAGUGGGGACCUGGAGAAGACCGCCAGUAUGUCCAGCAGAAUGAUGGGAGCAGGUGGACUUGGGGUGGAGGAGGGCGAAGGGGAGAAACCCCCGACGGGCAGGUCCUAUCCUCCACGACUACAACCCGGAGGGGUAGACCAUUCAGUUGUGUCACAGCAGCAGCAAGCUAUUAUCAACCAACAAGCAAUCAUCUUGGCCCAGCAGAUGACUAUGCAGGCCAUGGCCAUGCACCAGCAGAUGUACGGCUCGAUGGGUCCCCCCACCUCGGCCCCCACUGCAGCCCCGCAACACACACCUGCAUACCUGGGCCACUCAGCACACACCAGCUCAACCAGCCCAACUAAGCCAGAGGCCGGAAUUCUAUACAAGCCAACUCCAGUGCCGCUCGCUAACAAGGAGAGAUCUGCACAACGAAGCAGCGCAAGCCCGAUGCGGCCUUCACCCCCAGAUCACGUGGUUCGGGCCACGAUCUCCAACACCGAGCACUGGGAACCCAGUCACAACAUCAAGGACAUCAUCAAACAGUACCAGCCCAGCAGUGUCCUGAAACCCGUGGAGAUGCCCAGAAAGGAGGUGAAAACAUUUGUGAGGAAGCCAGACCCUCAUGAUGAAGCCAUGCUGAUCCUGAAAGACCAGAUGAGUGCUCCACCCCAACAGAGGAAGAAGACCUAUGGCCCUUCGUCCUCAUCCGCUACAGCAGCACACGACUCUAGAUAUGAAGACAGCAGAAUACCAAAGACUGUGAAGAGGUCUCAGCCACCAGUGCCUGCAGUCAGCCACAGGCACCCACCCCCAGACCCAGUGUCCAGAGAGCUGCCGGUUGAGACGGGAGACCAUCAAGACCCAGCUGCACAAAAGAGCAGCGAAGACCACUACACCUACACCAACGUGCCCUGGAAGAUCUACCUCAGGAAGGAGGUUAGUGGGGGCAGAGACUACACACUGUGA